CAAGUCAAUAGCGAAAACUGCUUCCUUUUCUGCCCGGCACGUAACAAAUUGUCAAAAAAAAAAAAAAAAAAGGCUGAAAACCGAUCGUCAAGACUCAAAUGUUUACAUUCAUCGCUUCGCGCCCAAGUCAAAUAAUAAUAAAAAUAAAAUAAAAUAAAAGAGGAAAAGAAAAAAGACACGUACAGAUAAUUGGGUUGAUUUUGAUGGUCGAGUAAAAAGCGAAUUUCCUUGUUGAUCAUCACAAGCGCAACACAAGCGAAAGGCUCCCCUAAGUUCGUACCGAAACUUGUAGAAGUUUGGAUUCGCACUCACUGCAAGAACUCGUCUGAAUCCAGUUAGCAUGGCGACGUUGUCCUUAGAAAAGCCGCACGAGAGUGCAACCGAGAAAUGUUUGUCUCCUGAAGAGAAACAGGCGAAGAUCAAUGAAGUCAGAAGAAUGAUCGGUUCUAUCACAGAUAAGCUUCCAGACCUCUUUUCUGAUGCAUCAAUAUCAAGGUACCUCAGAGCAAGGAACUGGAAUACAAAGAAGGCAGGCCAGAUGUUGAUACAAACCUUGAAAUGGAGGCUGGACUACAGGCCAGAUAAGAUCCGAUGGGAAGAGAUUGCUUAUGAAGCUGAAACAGGAAAAAUCUACAGAGCUGACUACUUUGACAAGUAUGGACGGGUAGUCCUUGUCCUGAGACCUGGUUUUCAGAAUACAAAAGCAGUAAGUGGGCAAAUUAGAUAUCUGGUUUAUUGCAUGGAAAAUGCCAUGAAGAAUCUAAGUUCAGACCAGGAACAGAUUGUCUUGUUAGUUGAUUUUCGUGGGUGGAACUCAUCUAGCACAUCAAUAAAAGCGACUAGGGAAACCGUAUAUAUCGUGCAGAACCACUACCCUGAGAGAUUGGGCCUUGGAAUCCUCUACAAUCCACCAAAAAUAUUUGAGUCCUUCUGGAAGAUGGUGAAACCAUUUAUUGAGUUCAUGACAUUCAAGAAAGUGAGGUUUGUUUACUCCAACAAUCCACAAAGCGAGAAGAUAAUGGAAGAGCUUUUUGAUAAAGAUAAGUUGGAAUCUGCAUUUGGUGGGAGAAACUCAAAUGGUUUCGACUAUGAAGCCUAUGCACAGAGAAUGAAGGAAGAUGACCAGAAAAUGACCAACGGUUGCUCCUCACCAUCAUUUAACUCAUCUGUUAUCUCCGACUCACAGCAGUCAGAGUUAUUAUCAUUCAACCAAGGUCCUGACGAUGAGCACUUUGAUGAAGGCGGAUCUUCAUCCAGCAACGAAACAUCUUCUUCAAACUUAGGAACCCUUGAUAAUAAUAAGAUACCGGACCAGCCACGUGAGGGCAAUGAUGUGUUAAGGAGCAACAUAGUAGCAGCCUAAGGAGAGAUGAGGAUUAAGUCUUCUAGGUGCAAUGGUACACUUCGAUCAAUUUAUUUUACGCCAACUUUCUGGAUUGUGGUCCAGAAAAUGGUUAGAAAUCUAUUAGUUUUAAUUCAACAGCUGAUUUACAUAUUAAAACAAAUAAAAUAACAUGUAUUUUUUUCUUGUAAUAUGUCAAAUACUAUGUAGGAUUGAAUACCUACAUGGAGGAGGAAGUUGCGGUUGUCUUGUCUAGGAUAUUUACUCAAUUGUGAAAAAUAUUGUUGCCUGAAUUGGUCGAGGUGGCAUUUAGAAAUUUGGUCACUACAUAUGUAAACUAAUUUAUAACCUUUAAAAAUAAUG